AUGAUAGAUGAAACUGAUGGCAUGUCCAACGAGACACCCAAUAAUAGAAAUUCCAAUGAUUCGAUUUCGGCGGAAACGACUACUACAAAGAAUUACCUAUCGGAUGAUGAUAUAGAGAAGAUUGCCGGUCUUCAAUUGGAUUUGGUUGUAUCCAGAGAUACGGCAAUUCAUGCUCAAGUCCGCAAACACCAAUUCAAAACAAGAUCAGCGGUAGUUUUGGAAUGGAUGGAUAUAUCGUUUGGAUAUAUAAAUGCGAUGAAGUUACUUUUUGACAAGAAUAUUUUUGCCGAUGGACGUCAGCAUGAACUUCUUGUUGAAAUUUUUAGCUACAACUACUUUGUUUUGUACUAUGUUCUAGACAGAUUUGAGUUGAACGAUGCUGAUGCACAAUUGGUGACUGAUCUUCAUAAAAUGUCUUCAAAGUUUUUGGCUGUUCCCGAGUAUAAAGAUGACCUUCAAUUAGCAACAAAGGUGUGCCGUACGAUGAUUGAAACCAAGGUCUUAGAGGCGGAUACAGCAAAACUUGACAUUGACGGUCGCACUUCUGAUAUUAAGAAAGAAAAUGCUCCAAAAAAGGACAAAGAAACAGUAAAUGACUUUUAUCCGAUAUACACAGAACGGCCAGAUGGUUCAAUUCACGAAAGAAAUAGCUUCAGUAGCAUUUCAAUUAAGGAUGUAAUUUCCUGGAAGCCAAGCCACGUAUUUAUCAUUGAUAUAAGAACAGCUGAUGAUUUCUACACUUCAGAAAUAUCCAAAGUUUUACUGUUUCCAUUAGUCAAUAUUGACCCAGGGUUGAUUCGGGAGUGUCACACAUUCUUAGACAUUUUGAAUACAGUCAAGGGGAUUAGUAUGGAUGCAUAUCGAAGAUUGAAGCAUGUCACAUCGUACAAGUAUGUUGUCUUCUACUCUAACAACAACCAAGUUGGUGACACGGAAUUGAAGUUUGACUCCAUUCUGCGAAGGCAACUCAAAACGUCUCCACCAUUCAUAUAUUGGCUAGAAGGAGGUGCUAUAGAGCUUGAAGGUUGGAUAGCGAAGUUUGAGUCUAAGCAUGAUGCUGGUCAUAGCCACAUUACAGAUUCAUUUGAAUCGUUACCGAACUCGGAUUUACAAAAUAACUUUUGGAGACAAACUCCACCUCCAAGUACAGCGAAGACUGAAUCUGCCGCAGAUUUGGAAUACUCUAGGCCUCCUCUACCAAAUCCAUUAACUGCAACCAACAUUCCUGUGCAAAAUCCCAGAAGUUUCGUAAUUCAGAGACCACAAACAGAGAGUGCUGCUUUAAACAGGACCAAUUUUGUUCCAUUGGUUCGUCUUUUUAAUUUCGGAAGCACCUGUUAUAUGAACUCUAUGAUUCAAUGCUUGUUCACAAUGCCAUACUUUCAGAAUCUUUUCAUCAAUAGAAGUAAGUUUUCCCAAAUUCUUCACACUGAGAGAUCAUCUCUUGCCUUAUCCUUUAAUCAUCUUUUCAUGGAUUUAUACAGAGCUGAUGGUUACUACAUAGUGAAACCGGUAAGAUUUGUCAAGCUUUGUGCACAGUUGAAACCAGAUUUUAGAAUUCCUUAUGAGCAGCAAGACACUUCCCAAUUCCUAUAUUUCAUAAUGGAAAAACUUCACAAUGAGUUGAAAAUCUCAGAUACGCCACAAAAUAGGGAAAUGUUCAAGACAGGUGAUCCUGAGACUGACCCAUUUGCAUUGUAUUCUUCAAGAAAAGGAUAUAUUAAAUGGCAUGACUCUUUGGUUCAGAGUGAAGGGGUCUCUCCAAUUAAUGGACUUUUCCAAAUUCAACAAGAAUCAUGUCUGCACUGUGGACGAUGUGGUUAUCAAUCUUACAACUUUGAUUACAGCUCAAUGCUUCAUCUUAACUUGAGUGGGGACGAAUACCAUUUGAGCGAUCUUAUUUUGAAGAAUCUAAAAGUUGAGGAACUCAGUGAUAGAUUUGGGAAUGCUUGGAAAUGUCCAUCAUGCGAGAAAAUGGCCAAUAGACUGUCCAACUUAGAGCAUAAAUGUACUGAAUAUACAGAAUUGGACAAUUUAGGCAGUGAGUCUGAUCAGAGCUCAAAGAGAAAGAGCUUUUUCAACCAUAGGCACAAGAAGACCAAGGAUAAGAGAAAAAAUGCACCUACUAGAAAUACUGAAUACGGCAAAUUGAAUCUGUCUGUACUUGAUCCCGAGGAGAGAACAGAGUAUGAAUCAUUGAAAUCAACACUUUCCAAGCCAAAUGUGUCUUUCAAAUCCACGGCGUUCAUAAAAUUACCAAAAGUGCUUAUAAUCUACUUAGCAAAGUUCGAUUUAUAUCAGAAGAAGCUUACGAACGUCAAUCUUCACUUUGCAAGAACGUUAAAAUUCAAACUUACGCGUGAUGGUAAGGAAAUUACUUAUCAGUACCGAUUAGGUUCAUGGAUUGAUCAUUUAGGAUCAUCCAUAUCUUCGGGUCACUAUACGGCGGUUGUGAGCCGUAACGAUGAGUGGUUCUAUUGCGAUGAUGAAAAUAUCAGUAGAUUACAGUACACUGAAAAUGAAGUGAAGGACCCAGAUGCAUAUUUAUUAUUUUAUACGUUAGUGGGUAAGUAG